GGCUGGUCAUGGUUGAAUUGGGCUUUCCAAUUCCAGGUGCUUGUUUCCUUUCCUUCCAGGGAUCUAUUUCCUGGUCCGGCUAUGUAUCGGAUUCGGUUGACACGACAGGUCCUUGUAUUUCUUACGAUGAAAGCCGGCUUUGUCGAAGAGGAAAACCUACGAGUUGCAGAUCUCUUCCGGUCCGGGCUUCUCCGUUGUAAUCCCAGCCGCAGCCUACCAGCGAAUCCUUCCUCCUCCCUCGCCGGCGUCAUCUUGCUUCAAUCUACGCCAUGGCGAUCGAAAACUGCAUCUCGGAUUGGGAUCGGCCGCUGAACGACCUCCGUCGCCGUGCCGUAAAACGACCACGAAUCAGCUCAAAAGCAGAUCUUCCUCCCAUGACGAUGAAGAAACUUGGAUUGGAUCUCCUAGAAGAUAUUCUUAUUCGCCUCCCCAAUCCUAGAUCAGCCUGUCGUUGUAAACUCGUCUGCAAGCAGUGGGUCUCCCUGAUCUCCAGUCCUCGCUUCAACCGCCGCUUCGUUUCUCACCACCAGAGCAUGAACCACCACCCACCUAUUCCGGACGAUCCCUCCGAGCUGCAAUCUAUCAUCUUGAGCUUUCUCCCCCCCAUGCCUUGUACGGUUCGAGACGAUUUUAGAGUAUUGGAUUGCAACAAGGACUUGGUUUUGUGCGGGUCUUGGGAUGCAGAUCUCAGCAUUUGUGACAGCGAAAGUGCCAGAUCGUACUUGGUCUGCAAUCCAUUUACUAAGGAGUGGAUUGCUCUUCCUUUAGCGCCGAGGAAGGAUGUGUAUUAUUAUGCACCGAUGCCCAGGUUAGUUUGUGAACCCCGUAUGUCCACUAAUCUUGAUCUAGGAGAUGGCGAAACAUUUGUUUAUUCCGAGUAUCGCUUCCGGGUGGUUUGUAUGUAUCAAGUUGCUGAACCAAACACGGCCACAAAGCUAGACGUGUUUUGUUCGGAGUCUGGACAAUGGACCAAGGAAGCUCUUGUCUGUGAUGAUCAAUUAAGAAUUACAUCAAGAAGUUUAGUUUCCUGCAAUGGGGAGUUGUUUUGGCAGUAUAUUAAAGGGAAAAACGAGUUUCCUAUGUUCGUGGCUGUGUAUAAUCCUUUCCGCCCUGAUAUUCCUCCCAAGCCCAUUGACAUUUCUGCAUUCCUUGUGAAGCCACGAUGGUAUAUUUCCGGUUCACAAGGUGCGUUGCACAUAAUUGCUAUAGAAAAUGAAACGGUACCUGUUCAUUUGACCAUUUGGCGACUGGAAGAAGACCAGAAAUCUUGGAGGAAACAAUGUGAGGGGUUGGUGAACAAGUCAUCAAAGUGUGGUAACUAUGAAGUUCUGGCUUGUCUUACACCUUUUCUGCAUCCAGAUCAGCCGGAAAUUGUCUUCUUCAAUCGGGUGUUUAUAGGCUAUAAUAAAGCAAUGUUGCGCUGCGAUUUGAGAAGUGAAGAGCUAGAGUUCUUCGCUAAAUUGAGGGGGUGGUAUGAUAUCUGUCACUUUCAGGUGUUCCAGCCUAGGGUUCCUUGUUGGCCUACUCCAAUUCCAAGGUAUGAGAAGUUGCAAGGCAUGCACGAUGGAAGCUACAACUUUUGGGUUCAGAGCAGCAGCGAAGCAAAACUUCAAUCCCUCCCCCCCUCCCUCAAUAUUUGCAUGGAUGAUGUGAAGAACUCCGCCUAUAUCGAACAUCACAAUGCAGAGGCAACUCUGCACACGGUCGCAGAAAUUAUUCAGUGUAGGAAGAACAAAAUCGGUGAGAUUGUUUUAAGAGAGAGGCAGCAGCCUGGUUUUCCAUUGGACAAGGAAUUGGACGUACUAGAAGGUGAUUUGGAAGAUGUUGAAGCUGAUAUGGCAGCUAUUGGCAAACAGAAAGAACUGAAGCGGGCGCCUCUGUGUGAAUAUUCGGCAGAGCUUCCUUAUCCUCCAGGUAAAGUUUUGUAGAGUUUAAUGUGUGUUGUUUAAUAAUUCUUGGACUAAUGGAUUCUGACUCUGUUCACCAUCCUUCCCAGGCUCCAUCAAAAGUGGCUUCAGGCGGAAGCUAUCACGUGGGGGAGCGAGGCAUAUUCUGGGAGUCGCCGCACACCCUCUUGAACGCAAACGGAGGGGAUGGAGUGAGCAAUGAGGAGCGGGCUGCAUGCUGAGUUGGUCUUGGUGACGAAAUUUUUCAAGACCAUUCCUUGAGGUUGUUUCUUUGGAUGUAUUUCAAAAUAAAUGUAAUUUGUACCAAUAGAUAGAUUUUAUUGUCUCCAUGCUGUUUAUAUGGAGAUUGAUGUACUUCCAGACGUAU